CGAAAUUCACAAACAAACGUCCUCCUGAAGGUGAUCGAUCAACUGAAUUCUAAACCAGAAUUGUGGAUAAAGUGUUGUGUUCGCUGUUUCUUAAGUGUAUUUCAUUAAUGCAGUGUUAAGUGCUCUGAAAUUAAUUUGAUUCAUUGUUGGAUAUAGCCCAGCAGUUGGAAUUAAGCGACGUUUUCGUGGGUACAUUGAUUUCGGUUCCACUACAUGUGAUGCUGAUGGGCCAGAGCGGCGCUGUGUGCAGAGCUGGAGAGGUUCCCGCCCCUGACCCCUGACCUCGCGUACUGUGACCCAACCCCAGCCUUCUGUAUGCCUUCUCUCGUGAUUCCCAGAGGACUCAUUCAGGAUAUGUCUGACAAGAAGUCCCCUCCUAGAAAGGAGAAGCCAUUCCUUGUCAGAACUCCACAGUCAGAGGAAAAGACGAGCCUGAAACGCAAGCUACUGUCUCCCCUGUCGCCCUCACAUGAUGAGGAUGACAAGAAGACUCCGAAACGAAAGCGAGGCAGCAUCAGCUGCGAGUCAUCCCCCCUUGUGACGACCCAGAAGACGCCUGGCGGGGGCUCGCGUGCGGUACCGCUCUCGGAGCGACAGCAGCUGGCCAUGAUCAUGAGGAUGUCAGACGAGACCUCCCUAGACACGCCCAUGAAGCCCUCGUCACCUACGCCGAUCCAGGCUGUGAAGAAGACAAGUCUUGACAAGAAAGUGUUCAAGCGUAACGCACGCGGAGAGAUGCCAAUACACCUGGCAGCAAUAAACGGUGAUAUCAAACUGCUGAAGAAACUCAUCAAGGCUGGCUCUGACGUGAAUGUCGCGGAUUUUGCAGGUUGGACCCCACUCCACGAGGCCAGCAACCGCGGAUGGUUCUCUGUCACCAAGCACCUGCUGAAAGCGGGAGCCAAUGUCAACGUUCAGGGCUUUGAAAAUGACACGCCUCUGCAUGAUGCUGCCAUAAACGGCCACAAAAAGUUGGUACAGCUGUUGUUGAAGCACGGUGCCAACCCACUUCAGCAGAAUGCCAAGGGAAAAACAGCCCUGGAUGUGGCGUCCUCCCCAGAAAUGGUUCGCGUCUUAAAAAAGGAGAUCAUUUGUUCUGCCAGUGACAGUUCCAGUAUAGAGGACCUGAGGUCGCCAAACUCACCCGAUAGCGUGAACUCCUAUAAAGACGAUGAGAAGAGUCUCGAUGGUGAUGAUCUUAAUCACCACAACGACCGACACAAUUCCUUUUCAACGGGUCGCAGAAUGUCUAUAGGCGCCCCAAAAUCUCCGGGUGACGGUAAACUGGCCUCCCCAAGGCUGUGUUUGAAAUUCCACCGCGACCACCUUGGCCAAACGAGCCAUAAAUCUAUGGACUCGACUUAUAGCGUGACCAACAUAUCUGUCUCCGAAGUGGACUUGAUGUUUUCACCGGUGGAUAGUCCGGCUUCAAGCGUGGACAGUGACUUAUUGCUAGGAUUGACGAAUUCAUCGCACAUUACUACCAGCAACCGAGUGAAAAUCACCGUUCCCGAUGAUGACAGUCUGGAUUCAAACCAGUCACAUGAAAAGUCCAAUUAUCAGCUUAUACCCGCGGAUAAUGCCUCUUCAUGUGACGGCACCAAACAAUUGCAAACGCGCGAGUUGUGGCCUGAACAAAAUGUGAAUCAGAAUAAACAGAGUCAUGGGGAUGUGACAUUUUCUUCGGACUCUUUUCCGUACUCUCUUAAAGCAGAUUCCAAAACUUCGCUCCAGCCUAUGGGAACUCUGCCGUUUCAGCCAAGUUCGCAGUUUGACAACAUUUCCAUAUUGUCGCAGGAUGACGAAGACUCACUUUUGCCAGAUCUUGAAAUAGAAACGGAAAAGAUAGAAAAAUCCAUUCCAGAAUCGAAAGUAGAUGAUAGUAAUAGUAAAUUGGUGAACUCAUUCAAGGAUGUGUUGAAUUCUUUGUCAUCCACAAGUGCGACCUCAGACUCGGCCUCAGUGUCAAAUAUCUCAAAUAUCUCGCCUGUGAUGGAGAGUGGCGUUAGUUCGAACUCUGCUGUAACAGAUUCUCAGGAUAUUCGUCAUUCGGCUGGCGAUUUCUUAGAAUCGGAGCCUCUAAAUAUUGUUUCCUCAUCUGAACCGAUAUCUUGUGUCAGUGAUAGCGAAAAGAGUGUUUCCGUGAAUGAGGAAUUGACAGAAAAAGCGGUAUCUAGUGAUAACAAUAAGAACCAAAAUUCUAAUAAUCAUGUGACAGAAAUAUCUUUAUCAGAGAAAACUGGUAAUCAGUCAGACAUUGUAAGGGCCUGCUCACCUAUAAGCCCUGAAAUUGAUGUUACCAGUUCUCGCCCGACCACGCCAAAAGUUCCUCCGUUAAAAAUAAUAAUUCCGCCAAAAUCUCAAUCGGCCUUAUCGACACCCACUUGUUCGGAGACAAACGACGGGUUGAAACUCGUUGUAACAAACGUCAAGUCUGCUUUACCAUAUGUGAUAAACCCGUACCAAAAUCCUGCCACUGCUGAGAUGGUUAAAAAUAGUGAUUCCAAACAAAAUAAUCACGUUCAGGCUUUGAUUAACACAUUUGAGUUUUUGUCAAACAAUAAAAACAGCUCUGGUAUAGACGAGCGGUCACAUUUCUCUGAAAGUGUUUUACGUAAGGAAGUGCUAACUUGUAGUAGCAUUGUUGGUAAUAGUGUUGUGCCAAAUGUUAAAAGUGUCGGGGAAACAACGGAUAAAUCUAAGUAUGAUGAAAUGGAAGGAAUUACAAGGGAGUCUUAUGGGUUAAUAGACAGUGCCAGCAAUGGCAACAGAAGUAUAAAUGUAGAGUGUGAAAAUGGUUCUGUGUAUUUAGAUAGUUUGAAUAUCAAAGGUGUCAAAAGUGAGACAGAUAAUAUUUGCCGUGACGAUUUGAAAAAAGGGGACACAUCGCAGCGGGUCCUACGUAGCACUGUCAGAUCUCAGCUGAACUCGAAUGUAUUGGACUCUAAGGCAGUCCAAAAUCGAGCUCCCAAAACUUCUCAGGAGAGAGCACAAGAUAAAUUAGAAAAAACAGAAAAAAACAAUGGUGUCGACUCAAGCAUAUCACCAUCCGUGUCACCGGAACCUGAGAUCUCAAGCAGUAGAACUGGGAAAGACGAAGAGGACACGGACCUUCUACCCAGGAAACGGAAAUUCCGCAGACAAGACGGGAACCAAACUUCAAUGGACACCGAUAUCAGCCCUGAACUAGAACCGCUCAAUACCACCAUGGAGAAAGUGCCAAACCCCUUCGAGUUGUACCUUAACUUGAGGAAAAAGAUCGCAAGUCGUCGGUGCGGUUACCUUGACAGGGUGACGAUAUGCCCAAAGUCUCCGCAGGGAUUCAAGGACUACUUGCUGAAGACAUGCAACUACGUCUUGCAGGGCAACAGCGCCAGUAUGCUGUCGGUUCCCACAUUAUCUCCCCCAAAUUCAGUGAAGGAUAAAAUGCGGGACCUGUUUGUGACCCAAGAGGAAUGCCGAUACAAACUCCGGCUGCAGCAUUUGAUAGAGCGAGAGAAGGUCAAGCUGUCCAUUGAGCAGGAAAUACUUCGAGAGCACGGCCGUUGGGCUCGCGCGCUGGUUAAUCAGGGCACUCCCUUGAGCGUAUGCACGAUUCUACGCGAGGAGGAGAUAUACAACUUCACAGAGGAUCAGGUUCGAAUUGAGGAGAAAGACAAAAGGAACCGCACACGCUUCAACGGACGCCAGUUCCUCUCCUGGAUACAAGAUGUUGAUGACAAAUACGAGAAAAUCAAGGAGCUGCUGAUUCUACGCCAGAAGCAGGAGGCAGACUCCCUGUGGGCCUACCAGAAACUGGAGUGGGAGUGGCGCAUGAAGGAGCUAGCACUUUGCGAGCGCAACGCCACCCCGGAGAUUGACGACCUUCAUGUGCCCCUGGUUGUAGUGUCCGACAACUUUGAACUGCGACCGACUUAGACAUGGCUUAGUGUCUGUGAUAUGAAAACGUUGAGAGGGAAAAUGGAUCUGGAUUAUUGACCAACCUAGCUGUCACAUGCCACUCAUCAGAGUCAGACAAUUUUGAACUGAGACCAACUUAGCAACGACUGAUGUGUGACAUGGAAAUACUUGACAGAUGAUAGGUACGGAGUUUGAUGAAGGUGGGCCUUUCAGUCUUAACUCGGACCAACUUGGCCAUGUAUGAUGUGUGUGUGCGAUGUGGGAAUGUUGAAAGUGAUCGUAGAUCUGGGUUAUAGACCACCAUAGCAGCAGCUGAUAUGUGGCGUUGAAACGCUGGACCUGUGAUCUCUUCAGAUUAUGAUUAAUGUAGGCUUUAUACUUUUACACUGUUGAGCAGGUGUAUGUUUGAUUUGGGAAGUUGAACAUGAUCAUUGCUUUUAAUUAUGACCAACUUAGUUACAGCUUAUGUGGGAGCGUUAAAGGUGAACAUAGCUUUGAAUUAUCAAAGUUGUGACACAACUUUAAAAGACCAACUUGGCCACCGCUGAUCAUGUGACGUGGAAAUGUUGUAAAGUGAUCACUGCUCAGAAUGUUUUGUGAAUCUGUCAGGGACUGUGACUCUGCAAGCAGCUGCGUCACUAGAGAAUCUUCUGCGGCGUUAAAACAUUCAGAUUGGUGCCAGAUUGAUGCUAUAAUGCUGAGAAUCUGGGUAUUUCAAUUUCUGAGAAUGUAAAGUUUUGUAAGGAAUGAGCUUUACUUGGAUAUGUAUGAACCCCACAUUUAAUGUGUGAAGUGGGCAUAAAGACACUGUUUUUGAGGUUUUUCAGAAGGAUCCUUAAACAUGCUCAUUGUGUAGUAACAGUACAUAGGUUUGACCUUGACCUUAAUAUAACCUUAACCAUGACUCUUCUGUGACCUUUCAAUAAAUUGGUCAUUAAAUUGUCAUGCUUGUUUAACUUGAGGAAGCUCUGGUCAUCUCAGAUGUUUCUUCUGUUCUCCAAAUUCUACUGGGGACUUGAUUUGAUGCUUUACUCUAAAACUAAGAGUUUAGACUAAUUCUUAUCUGCACUCUUGCUGCUUAUUUAUAAUAAUAUUAUGAAUUUACUUUUUUUUUCAUAUUAUAUGAGUGUUUUUUGUUUCACUUAUACUUUGUAGUUAUCAAAGAGAUCAAUCAUGUUUCAAAUAUUUUUGUCCCCUACCGGUUUUACCGGAGGGGACUUAUGGUUUGCGCUCUGUGUGUCCGUCAGUCUGUCAGUCUGUGAGUCUGUCACACUUUUCUGGAUCCUGCGAUAUUUUAAAAAGUUCUUAAUAUUUUUUCAUGAAACUUGAAACAUGGAUAGAUGGCAAUAAGGACAUUAUGCAGGUCAUUUCAUUUUGUUCUUACGUCAAAAGUUCUGGUUGCUAUGGCAACAAAUAUAAAAAUAUAUAUUUCUGACAAUGGUGGAGCCGGUAGGGGACAUAUAUUGCUUGGCAAUAAUAGUCUUGUUACUUCUAGUUCAGUCAUGUUUUGCAUAUUAACCUGUUUAUGCCUAGCGUCUAGAAAAAUGGCCUUGGAACGUCUCAUGAGGGUCUGCGCUGUUUGCUUCAAAGAAUUUCUGUAAGAAAUAUUCUAAAUAUGGAAAAAAAUAUACUAGACAUACCAAAUUUUGGAAAUAAAUUGAUCCAAUUUAAAAGGAUGGAAGAGUCCACUAGGCAGAAAUGGGUUAAGUUUGUAUGGCCUGUUAAAGUUGAUCAGAUUUUGCAUGUGCUAAGUUUAAUUUUGUCAUGACAUGUUCUUUCUAUCAUGCUUAAAAAAUGCCAAGCUUUAGAAAGCUUUUGGGUUUAGGUAUAUUUAUUUAUAACGCCCCAAUUAUGAGCAAUUAUGUGCUCUACUUGUUAAAAUUGUAUUUAUACAUGUAUUUGAAACCAAACCAUGUUCUUGUUACUUAUAUGAAACUUUGUUAGUAAUUAUUGUUAAGAUAAGUUACAGGUUGAUGUUACCAACCAGUGUUUUCUUGGGGUUAAAUUUUAGGCGCAUACUCGGCCAAAUAUGAAAAAAGCAUAUAUUUUCCCAAAAUAAAACAUAAAUAUUUUUCUAAUAGAUAAAUCACAAUAUUCAGUUCUCCCUGUUCAGCUCUUUAAGUUAAACCCUAGCAAGGUCAAUAUCAAAGACUGUAUUGUAAAUUGUAUUGGAUUUUCUGGCAAAAAAGUGCAUUACUAAAUUAAUUUUUUUUAGUCAAAACUGCAAUUUUUCCCAAUACAAAUAGAUCUGGGUUCCUAUUCCCAAAAUUGUGAGUUAAAAUGCAAAUAUCUUAAAUGUGCUAUGAAAAUGCGGUGACAAUAGAACAGACAUAAUAAUGCCAUUUGUCUGUAUAGUUGACUUCAUUCCUGUACUCGAUAAUUAGACUUGUAAAAUAAAAAUUAACACUAAAUGACACAUUUUAAAAGUUUUGUUAAAAUUAGAUUUUCAAAAUUUUUUUAGAUGUUGUAGUAAUAAAUAUGUUUUUCAUAAUUUGUUUAAUUCAUGUUUAAGUAACCAACACCAAUUCCAUAUUCGUAGAUUUGUAAUGGAUAUUCCACUUCCAGUUUUAUCCUGAUCUGGUAAUUAUUGAACAGACUUUAUAUUGAUGUAUAAUCAAUAUUUCUCUUUUUUUUUCCUCAUGCUUUUAUCACCCACAAUUUCUCUUUGGUCCUAUUUGUGAAGAUUUUUACAUUUCCCUUACUCAGUUAUGGUUUUGAUUUUUGGUAUUUUAUCCCAUGGUGUUUAUUUCUUGUUUGUAUUGAUAACAAUCCUUUAGAAUUUUUUUGUUACAGGAAUUAUAAUAAUCGUCUUUGUAAAAAGACAUUUAGAAAUGUUGUUUUAUUUUUUAAACAUUAUUGUGUUUGUUUAUUGUUACAGUAGAUUUAUUAUAGUUUAUUUGGCCUUUUAUCUGUGUUUAUUUAUCGUCCCCUCUUCAUUUUCCUCUUAUAUCUUUCUUCCUCUAACACUUUCGCAAAACUUCUCUCUCUCUCUUACACAGGUACCACAUCACCAUUUGAAAUUCAUAAAUACUGAACAAAGAAUAAACUUUUUAUGUUCUGAAGGAAUCAAUUUAUAUAUUAUAAUGUUGACUUGUCGAUUUUACAAAAUGUAAGACUUUUAUAUAAACCAUUUGUUUGUUAAUCUAAAAAUUUCCUGUCUUCAAUGCUUGUAGAAAAGAGAUAUUUUUUUAAGGAUCCAUUAAAAAAAGAAUCUUAUAGCAAGGCAGCAAGUCUUAUUUAACCAUUUGUAGAUUUGUUGAACAAUUUAGUUUGUCAAAUAGAACAUUUCUGUGUGGAUUUUGUUAUACAUGUAGUGGAAGUAAUAAUAUUGCGUGUGUUGACUGUUUCAUAUUUAUUUUAAUGGACGUGUUAAAAGCUAACCAGUACCUUUCAAGGUACCUUGUAUAGUUGACUUAUAAUGAAAAUAUGUUAACAUACAUUUACAUUUUACCUGAAAUCUUUGUAGUGUAAUUCUAUAAUUAUAUGCUUACAACAUUUACUAUUCUGACAUGUACUCAAUGUGAGUGUGUGCUGCUAUCACUGUUUGUUUGAAUAUUGCAGUCUUCACCUGACAAUUAUUAGGUGCAGACACAGUGUAAAAUGUUUGUAUUAAGCUAUGGUUUGUCUAUUUCCACGACAUAUUUUUAAUUAGAUGAUUUCUUCUGAAUUUAUAUUUUUGCGAAAAUAAAUUCAAUGUGUUCAAUAAAUGUUAACUACCAAAA